AUGGCGACAGGUUGUGGCCUUAACCAGCACCAGAAGCACCACCGUACCCACAGCACACUAGGAGCACCCCCGCCCCCAACGCAGACCGUUCUCCACGCCCCAACAGCACACCCCCACCCCCACCAUGACCCCCACCUCAAUAAAAAAUGUCAGUUUGACUUUUUUGGGUACCCAGAGCAAGUUUUAAAUGAGGUAUCGCCCACAACACCUGAAGCUCAUCUUAUUGAAGAUUAUCGAGCAGGGGAUCAGAUAUGUUCUGAGUGUGGUUGGGUAGGGGACGUAAUAAAUGUUUUAAAUUUCAGAGUAAUAGAUGUGGGAUCUGAAUGGCGCACUUUUAGUAAUGAGAAAGCCAACAGUGAUCCCUCUCGAGUUGGUGGACCAGAAAACCCUCUUCUCAAUGGUUCAGAUCUCUCUACAAUUAUUGGACCAGGAACUGGUAGUGCAUCUUUUGAUGGUUUUGGGGGCACAAAAUAUCAAAAUCGAAGAUCAAUGAGCAGUUCAGACAGAGCCCUUAUCAAUGCUUUUCGGGAAAUUAGCAACAUGGCUGAUAAAAUCAACCUGCCGAAGACCAUUGUUGAUAGAGCAAAUGUUUUAUUCAAACAAGUUCACGAUGGAAAAAACCUUAAGGGCCGUAGUAAUGAUGCCAUUGCUUCUGCAUCUCUGUAUAUUGCUUGUCGACAGGAGGGUGUUCCAAGGACCUUUAAGGAGAUUUGUGCUGUAAGUAAGAUCAGCAAGAAAGAAAUAGGCCGGUGCUUCAAACUCAUCUUGAAAGCUUUAGAAACACAAGUGGAUCUUAUUACCACAGGGGACUUUAUGUCAAGAUUCUGCUCAAAUCUUGGGCUACCCACCUCUGCACAAAAGGCAGCAACUCACAUUGCAAGAAAGGCUGUUGAUCUUGAUAUUGUUCCAGGAAGAUCACCUAUUUCUGUUGCAGCUGCUGCAAUAUAUAUGGCCUCACAAGCAUCUGAUGACAAGAGAACUCAGAAGGAAAUUGGUGACAUUGCAGGUGUUGCAGAUGUAACAAUAAGACAGUCCUACAAGCUUAUGUACCCUCAUGCAAAAGAGCUUUUCCCAGAAGAUUUCAAAUUUUCUACUCCUAUUGAGUUAUUGCCACAAUUAUAGGAUUCUUAGACAUUGUUUCAAGGAUAUAUUAAAAUGUUAUAUUACUAAUGUGUAUAUAAUAUCUGGUGGAUACAGUAUUUUCCACCUUUUUAUUGUGGGUUAUUUUUGUGGAGUUUUAUUUUAUUUUUAUGAUAGAGUUAGUUCAGUUUUGUGGAAGUAUUUGUGAAGACUACUUCUACUAAUUGUUUCAUCUGCCAUAGCAUUUUUUGCAUCAGUUCUGAAUAACAGGUAGGAGGUUUCAAGAAUAUGAGGAAUCUUUUCACUAGAUAAGUUCUCUUUAUUUAAUAAUGCAAAUGAGCACUACUGAAUUACUAUCCCAAAGAUCUUGCUUAAAGCAAGUCAUUCAGUUUCCUAUUUUUUUUUUAUGUGACUAGAAAAAUUGGCUUAUAUCAGUAUUAGUACAGUAUAUGUAUAAAAUAUUACAGUAAUAUUUAUAAAAUGUUGGAAUCAUUAUUAUAAUUACCUCCUCAGUUUUCUACUUUUAUUCAUGGAGGAUAAACAUAAAUAUAUUUUGGAUAAUUUUCAACAUUCAUCUAGAAUGGAAAAUGUGACCCAUGUUAUUGUACAAAAUGGUUGUAAAAUAAUUCUUGUCUUCUAAAUAAACAUCUCAAAAUUAUCUUGAGCAUGGCUGAAGCUAUCAGAGAUAAAAUAAAGAAAAAAAUGGGUCCUUUUUUUUUUAUAGUAUUUCCAGUAUUUAAGGUUAAGGGGGGAGUGAAACUAGCAUCCUGGGUAAUGAUAGUCAAAAUUGCUUGAUUUUUUAUUGAAAGUUCAGAAGGGCAUGAGGGUUAUAUUCUAGAAGUUCCAUUAUGGUAACACUUAUGACACUUUCAUGCAAAAUUACAAAUACUGAAAGUGUUUUAGGUGACUGUACAGGAUCAUGUAAAGCCCAGUUGUUAUAUUGCAAAGGCAAAAGUAGGAAGUUAUUUAUUUUUUAAGAAAAUGAAAACAAAAGAAAAAAACAGAAUUUCUGGAAGAUAAUGUAAUGCCUUACUUUUGCCUUUGCAAUUUAGGCUUUGCUUGAUCCUGUAUAAUCACCUAAAACACCUUUUGGUAUUUGGUAUUGCAGGGAACUUUUAGAAUACAAUCCUCAUGCCCUUGUGAGCUUUGAAUAAAAAAUAAAACAAUUCUGACUAUCAUUUCCCAAGUUGCUAAUUUCACCCCGACCCCUUCCCAUUUCCUUAAUUAUGGAAAUAUUUUCUAGGGCAAAUUUAAAUUUAUAAUAUUAUUGCUAAUACUCACCAGAAGUAAUAAAUUUUUACAUGUUUCUUUGAUAAUUUUAAGCUAGAUUCAAGAUGAGUGCAUAAGCUUUACAAUGCAAUAUUUUUCUGCAUUUCUUCUUGUACGUAUUUGGAUCUCAUUAUGGAUUAUGCAUCAUCUAUGGAGUCCAGUGUUGUGGUGCUACAUUGAAAAAGAUAAAUUGUAUUUGACCUCAUUAAUCUCAUAUCUUAGUGAUCUACAUAAGAAUUUGGUUUUAUAUCUUGUAUAUGAUUUGUCACUGAACUAGAGAAUUUUCAUCUUUUUCAAUUUAUAUUUACAGUAUAGUAUUUGCAGUAGCUGACAGAUUUUAAACCAGUAAUCAUCAGUAUGAUACUUUCUUGGAGAGUUGUUAAUUAAAAAGGCAUGCAUCAAAUCUUUGAACUUACUGAAAAGUAUACUGCAUAAGGUAUUAUUGCAAAUCUUUUCAUCAGAAAUAGUAUUAAAUUUAAUGAAUGUGAAAUUGUUAAAAGUGAAAAAAAUCAAAUGUCUAAAAAUAUUGCCAUUCUAUUUAAAGGAAAAAUGCUAGAUUAAAAGAAAAGGGAUAUUUUUACUUCUUUAUAUAUAGCUAGAUGCAUAUGCAAGGGUGCCUUCAGUGGAAUUCAUUGUUAGUAUGACAAUACUAAAAAUAUAGUUUUAUUUUUUGGUUUAUAUUUAUACUCAGUGUAAGAUGGUUAUACCUGUAUGUCAUCCUUCACCACAAUCUGGUAAAACUUCUUGGACUGUUACCUUCAGCUUGCCAUUUUAAUAUUAAAAAUUAGCCAUAUUUUACUAAUGUUACUUCUAUUCAUUCUCUUGGUGAAUUUCUAACUUUGAUGUUAGAAUUUUUUUUUUUUUUUCCCCAUAAAAAAGUUUGAAAUUCCUUUUCACAUGGUUUGGCACAUGCCCUAACUAAAUUAGGGUUUCUUUUUCAGAGUUAACAUUUCUAAUUUUGUUUGUAGGGUAGCAUCAUAACUUCAGAAUUCUGUUGAUGUGUUACCUGGACUUUGUAGUGAACAUAGCUGACACCACUUAGCUUUAAAAAUAUUAGUGAUUUCUCUUUAGUUUCAUUUGUUAUUUAAAGAUGCUCUGGCACUUCAUAUUUGCAUAAAAUGAAUAGUUUAUGCCCUUCUUUGAAGGGGUUUGUUUAGAUAAGUCUACAUAUGGAAAUCUUUCAUAUUUUGGGUACAGAUGAGUUGAGGAACAUGCUUAUCAAGCCUGUAUAAUCUGUUUAGAAAUAUUAAUUUUCAUGCUCAAGAUAAAUAGCUUAUUUAUACCUAUACAGGUCCACAUCCCUUGAUCCGAAAUUCUGAAAUUCGGAAAGUUCCGAAAACCGAAGUUUUUUCGUGGAGUGUGGAACGUCGGUCAACGCCGCCACGUGGCGGCGUUGAGAAUCAUUCUGAAAUUUGAAAAAGUCUGAAAUGAGAAACAGUACUGGCCCCAAGGGUUUCAGAUAAAGGGAUGUGGGCCUGUAUUAUAAAUAUGCAUAUCAUAGCAGAAUUUUAGCGCAUGCCACUAUAAGGGGACCAAGCCUAUGUGGACAGUGAUCCUUGAAACCUUCUCAAGGUAACUCAUGCCUUGGUAUUAUGUGCUGAGAAAAUCUUGUACAGUAUAUGAAUAUUUUUCUAGUAGACUGGUGUUCAGUACUCAGUUUCAUGUCAUUGGUAGUUACAGUAUUAUUAUUAUUAUAAUCUUUAAAGCUAGUGCUAAACAUCAAAGUCAUUUUGUGCUUAGAUCAUUGGUAAAACAUGUUGACCUCAUUUUAGAUCACUGCUAGAACAAUUUCUGUUUGCUCUUGUACAUUUUGAAAUUAACAGGUUUUAACCCUUUGAGUGUCAUGACCCCUGCUCACAGGGUCAAAUCCCCCUACCCCACCCCCCCAGAAAUUCUUAUGAAAUGAUAGAGAAUCUUUUUCCAAACGUAAUGAAAUGAAAAGCACGAAAUUUGAUGGAAAAUUUGGAGAAUUACGCUCUUGCAGAGUGUCCAGAAUAAAUAAUGUAGACAUUCCUGGCACUUAAAUAACAUUUUUCUCUGUUCAUUAGUUACGUCUCCAGGCCCCUCUUAUAUUACACUUGGUUUUCAUUUUGACUUCACACAAAAUUUAGAAGAUUUACUGUUAUUCAGACUACUGCAUAAUUGUAUAAAUAAUAUCACGCAUUCCUGAAUGCAUAUUAGACCCAUCAGUUUACAUCCAUUGGAUGCGUGACGUGGUUUGUUUACUCUUGAACAUCAGCAAAAAUCAAACAUUUCCACUGCUUUGAGCUCAAUUUCUUGCUACUUUUAGUCUGUAAACCAUCUCUAUUUCUGUAUUAUAUUCUUAAAUCUAUCAGAUGAGAUCAAGAAAAUGAAAAUACAAACAUAAAUACUAUACAAAAAUACACCACAAAGUCACCAUUUUAAACCAAAAACACGGUCGCUGUUUUUUUCCUCGAUAUGCACUGCUUGCUAUGUGAUUUUUUUUAUAUUGUUCGCACUGACUAUGCAGACCCAUUCUCUCACAUGUAGGCCUACCAGCUUUCUCCCGCAAGAUUUGAAGACGCGAGUUUUGGCGUAGUACAGUAUUAUGGGACCGAAACCAACUUCAGAGCCAUAAUAUUACAGGACCGACACCAAAAGGGUUAAGAGGCUAAACUGAAUUUGAAAUAAUUUAUAGGAUAAACUGUUCUACUAUAAAAGUUAAUCACUCAUUGUUCAUUAAAAAAUGAGUUAUUCAUUCCAAUGUAUAACAAAAAAAAAAUCAUUUGAGAAGGAUGAUGAUGAAUCCAAGGUUUAUUUUUCUAUAUAAAACUAUAAACAAAAAAUUUAACUUUGUACCCCAUUUUUAUGAAAGACUCACUGUAAUGUGUGCCAACAUCAUUACUGAAAGAUAACUGUUAUAGGAUAAGUGACUUUUUUUUAAGUGGAGCAUUCACUAUUCUGAGGAUUGUGAUUUUUAAAGAAAUCUUUCCAGAAGAUUAUGUACAAGAUAGCCCAGUCAGGAGAGACAUUGGUUCUCAGAGGCAACAAGGCUGCAAAAAAUGUACUGUAGAUAGAUUAGAUUUUUCCAAAAUAUUUUAGAAUAUUGCUUGAAUGGAUAUUUACACUUUCAACAAGAUUUUGUCAGAUAUAACCUGAUGUUUUACCAAAUUAAUUUAUCUCCUGUACUUAUUUUGAUUUCUUACAUUACAGUCUAAUUAAAUUUGAAAAGGCUUGUGGAAUUGCUUGUUACAAUACUUUUAUUUCUGAUGAGGUCAUGUUUUAAUAGUACAUUCUUCUGACGAGAGAGAGAUUUACCCAUUGUUAAAUAAGAAAGGCACACUUUUGCUGUAUUUAUUAUGUGGUUUUGUAUCCAAAUAAAAGGCUCUAAAAUAA